UUAUUUACUUUUGAUUUAUUUUGUUGUGAAAGAAGGCUUGCAUUUUUUUCAGAUCCCAUAUUUUUUCUCUUUUUUUAAAAAAACAAAAAAAACAAAACAGUUUUUAAACUUACAACCCAAAACCUGUUCUCUAUAUUACAUUUUUUUCCCUCAAUAUUAUUGAUGCUUUUAAUGUAUUUUUAUUGUGAGCUUGAACAUUUUGUAGAUGGAAAAUGUAAACGUUCUGGAUUAACGGAUGUUAGAGGCUUUAUUUUGAAAGAGCUGGCCGGAUGUUGUGGCGGUGCGCGGUGACGUUAGUUUGACGCAGGUGGAGGCAGAGCUGCAGUGCGGACAAACGGGCUGGAGCCGGACAUCCUCACGCCCACAGACCGCCCGUGACAGCCGACCCGGGUCAACUUCCGCCGGGUCUGUGAUUCUAGGUUCGGAGCGGGUUCGGCUCUCUAAUCCGGUCCGGUCGGAAAGAGCGAAGGAGGCUCCUCAUUUCCCACCUGCCCUUCUGCAGAACUUGCCAAACGGGCCUCGGCAGCGGAGGAUUGUUAUGGACUCUGAACGGAACUGUUUCCUGCCGGUCUUUUAGCGGGUCUGCUCUGCUCGGGGCGGUUGGUUCUGACCCGCCGUGGGAUGCCAGUCUGAAAUAAAUGGUGGUGUGAUCUCAGUGGGAGUCUGAGGCCCCCACCUCACAGAGAAACGGUGGGUUUUCUGGACCAGAACGUUUUGUGCCGAAGUAAAAUCCCAGAUGAAGAUUCCCAAAAGGCGGAAAAGGAGCGGACGGUGCGCCAGAUAAAUGGCUCUUUUAAGCUGGGAGCUGCUCGUGUUCUGUCUGGCUGGCAGAUGCAGUGCCUAGUUCCCGGCCUCCAGGACAACGGCAACAUGAACGGGACGUCCGAACAGGCCGACAUCCUGCCGCCGAACUGCAUGGUCAAAGACCGAUGGAAAGUGCUGAAGAAGAUUGGCGGCGGCGGAUUUGGGGAGAUCUAUGAGGCCUUGGACCUGCUGACGCGGGAGAACGUGGCGCUGAAAGUGGAGUCGGCCCAGCAGCCCAAGCAGGUGCUGAAGAUGGAGGUGGCGGUACUGAAGAAGCUGCAGGGUAAAAACCACGUCUGUAAGUUUAUUGGCUGCGGGAGGAACGACAAAUUCAACUACGUGGUCAUGCAGCUUCAGGGUCGUAACCUGGCCGACCUGCGGAGAAGUCAGCCCAGAGGAACCUUCACCAUGAGCACCACCCUGCGACUCGGCAAGCAGAUCCUGGAGUCCAUCGAAGCCAUCCACUCAGUGGGAUUCCUGCAUCGAGACAUAAAACCGUCAAACUUUGCGAUGGGCCGGCUUCCCUCCACCUACAGGAAGUGCUACAUGCUGGACUUUGGUCUGGCGCGACAGUACACCAACACCAACGGAGAAGUCCGACCGCCAAGGACCGUGGCAGGUUUCAGAGGGACGGUCCGCUACGCUUCAGUAAACGCUCACAAAAACAAGGAAAUGGGUCGCCAUGACGACCUCUGGUCUCUCUUUUACAUGUUGGUGGAGUUCGCUGUGGGACAGCUGCCGUGGCGAAAGAUCAAAGACAAGGAACAAGUAGGUCAGAUUAAGGAGCGUUUUGACCACAAGAUGCUGCUUAAACACAUGCCUUCAGAGUUCAGUAUCUUCCUGGACCACGUGUUAGCCCUGGACUACUACACCAAACCAGAUUACCAGCUGCUGAUGUCGGUGUUCGAGAACAGCAUGAAGGAGCGAAUCAUCACCGAAAACGAGCCAUUUGAUUGGGAGAAAGGAGGAAGUGACGUCACGCUGUCAACCAGUGCCUCCACCCAGCCUCUGCAAAACACCCGACCCACCGCAGCCAUGGUUGGCGCCAUUGUGACGCCGGUUCCUGGAGACCCCCAGAGAGAAAACACAGAUGACGUUCUUCAGGAUGAACAUCUCAGUGAUCAGGAGAACGCUCCCCCGCCACCAACCAGCCGACCUCCUGGGGAAACGUCCGCUCAGCACGCCGGAGAAGCGGGGGAGGCCUGGGAAGAUACAGACUUUAACCGCAACAGACUCAGGAUCAGCCUGAACAAGGGGGCUCAGGAAGAGGAAGCAGGUAAAGGGGCGUGUCCACUGUCACCGGUACGAGGAGGAGCCCCAGAGUCACCGACGGGCCAGGGUCGAUCUACACGAUACCGACGAGCAAACAGUCCAGAAUCUGAGCGGCUGUCAGCUGCUGAGGGCCGGGCCGAUGGCUACGGACAGAGGUCUAGGAUGGACAUGCUGGGAUCUCCAUCUCGCCACGUCUACUCUUCACAACCAGCUCAGAUGUUGUCUGUCGACCCUGGUUGCCGUGGAGAUCGUCUGGCCAGCGGGCGCCAGGAGGUGUCGGUGGCCUCUGUUGACCAGGAGGCGCACAGUAACGCUUUUAUCCGCUCCGUUCCACUGGCUGAGGAGGAAGACUUUGACAGCAAAGAGUGGGUGAUCAUCGACAAAGAGGCCGAGCUGCGAGAUUUUCUACCUACCACGUCAGGAACCACAGAUGAGGAGCCUGAAGAGCUCCGCCCCCUGGAGGACCAGGAGGAGAGGAGAAGGCUCAGGGCUGGAGGCGGGGAGCUGGUGGUCCGUCCAAAGACGCACACGCGGGACAGUAGCCGAGGGAUGCUAACGCUAACGGAAGAGGAGGCGUCGAGGAGAAGCGGUGGGAGUCCUGCACAGUCGCCUUGUCACUCGCUGCCGUCGGGACGUCCUCGCCGGAGAGAGUCAGAGCCGACCGGACCUCAGAGACCGAUGUUGUCACCCAUGGAGGAGAGCGCCCCAUCCCCGCCCUCUCCAGACUACCGAACGAAGGGCCAAGAUGAUGAAAAGGAACAUUUACACAUCCUUCCUCAGCUGCAAGCUAAGAGGGCCGACUUCCUUACCGUCAUGUUGACUGGUACCUUGCCUCAGCGUCGGAGCUUUGUUACUCCAGACGAGGAGAUCCCAGAACCACUUGGGCCAAAGGACGAUGAUGUCACAAAAAGCGAGUCCAACAGUGAGGCCAGCCAGAAAAGCACUGAACGUAGUCAGGAAGCUGCACCAUCAACCCUCAUGGCUGAGGACCAGAGGGUCCAGAGAGAGCAUGCCUCAGCUGCUGAUGCAGAUCCAGAUCUGGAGGAUGCAUCUAAAACUCUUGUUCUUUUUUCACCUGGGGAUACUCACAAGUCUCCUUCAGGUGGAGACCAUGGGCUGGAUGGUGAGUUAGCAACACCAUCUGGUUUAAUUUCCCGUAAUGACCGCCUCCUCGUAGGAGAGUUUGUUCAACCUGAAGCUUCUGAGACUGGUCGUUUGUCUCCGGCUCUCAGGUCAGAUCUGCGACCCUCCACUCCCAUUGCUCCUGCAUCACCUCCUUUCACCAAAGUUGAGCGCACUUUUAUCCAUAUUGCCGAGACGUCACACCUCAAUAUCAUGUCUUCCAAUGGUCAUUCUGCAAAGGACAGUGACCGGGAAGUACUUUCAAUCACAAAGGAUAUGGUUGUUAAGGUUGAUGACUCUGAGCAGGAGGGAGUACCAGUGAUCCAAGAGCCUUCAGAUGAACCUGGGCCAAACAAGCAAGUGAAAACUGAACAUGUUCCAUCGGCUGUCAUGGCCCCGUCUUCGGAGACCCUCUUGAAAGUCAUAUCACCAGUUCAUGAACAUAUAGAUCCGUCGCAGGAACCAGGGAAACAGCCAUUACCCAGUGAUGAAGCUUCAAAGCUUCCAACCGCCGGAUCAGAGUUACCGGCUACCUUAAAGCCAAGAAUCCGAAGCCGAAUUCCAAUACUUAUUUCAGAAGAGGAGUCGGGCUCUGAACAGUCUUCUUCUCUAUCAGCUCGAGCUCGGCUUCAGCAGCGAGCCAGGCAGCUGGACUUGGCUCGUGUGCUGGUCCAGAAGCAACAGGGUCGCUGGACAAGGAGAAGGAUGCAGUCUGGAACGUCAUCGUCCUUAUCCUCUGGUGAUGAUGAACGCCGGAGGGCAUCGGAAACUUUAUCCACCGCUGGGUCAGAGGAGGACAUGCAUACCUCGGAUGAGUCCAGAAAAAGCGUACGUCUCCAACCAACUGAAGAGCAGGGCUCCAAGGAAUGCAGGAGCAGGAUCCCCAGACCUAUGACCCCCAUAAAAAGACCUUCAGGGGGGUUUGCUUCUGCUACUCCUUCACCUCUGUCCUUGUCAGACAACAGCCGUACCAAAGGAGCAUCACCUGUCAUUAACGGAAAUCAGAAAAUUGGAUUGAGCACUGUCACUACACAACAGAAAUCUAAACCGGUCGCCACCAGAUUCUCAUCCUCAUGUCCCCGUCCGUCAGCUGGCUCUGUCCCACCUGGCAGUCCUCGAAUGCCCCUACGUGUCUUGGUUGGAACCCGACGCAGCCUUAGCUCCACCCAUUGCAGGACUGACAGCCCCUCCCCUCAAAGAGCAUGCCCAACCAGGCAGCCCCUUUCAGUUCGAGCCCCAACUGUCCCCAUGCUACCACCCAGGACUACAUCAACAAUGCGGCGCAGCGCCUCACAGGAAGCAACUGCGCAAUCUUCUGCACCCAUGCCCACCAGGACCAGGCCAAAACCAGCGGCAGUAACUAAAGGGAAACUAAACACCAAGGAAAAGGUGGUACCCGCUAGAUAAUACAAAGAGUAUCAGAUCUGAAAAGUACAUAAUCAGUCAGUGGACAAGCUACGCCUCAAUACUUUUCACCUGAUUCUAUGAUGGACUGUGACGCUACAACAAUGUUUUCAAUUAAUUUACUGUACACAAACAUCAUAUUUUUUCUGUCCAAGGACUGCAAACGUAACUGUCUUCAUGGGCUUCCAGUUAUCCUGACUGACUGUACAGGAGUGUUGCUGCAAUGGUGCUACAGAUAUGUCUGCUGCUCCCUGGUCAAUCCCCGGUUUAACUGCUUCCGCCAGCUGAAAGUCUUGACCUCCAACGAGUCCUUUUUCUAGAUAAGGCACCUAGCACUGUACUCUUCACACAGCUCUCCUCCUUCUCUAUCAAUGGUCCUCUGCUUGGUUCACACUGCAUGGUGAUGUAUGUCAAAAAAAAUAUAAACAGAAUACAAUAUGAAGUUCUUUGAUGUACUUUUUCCCUGCUGAUUGGCCGUCAACAGAUUUGAUUCGUCUGAAUGCCCAACUAUGUUAUUAAGACAUUACCAGCUGCAUCUUUUACUCAUCACAGUCUUGGAUUUAGAGAAGAGUUAAAUAUGACAACAUGAAUAAAUCGCUCAACCACUUGCCUCCUCCUCAUGGUGUCAGUGGGCAUGCUUCAAUCUUUAUUUUGUUAAUGCUUUGAAUUGUACAUACCUGAAUCCUUUCCCAUAAAGACAUCUUUAUUUUUUAACUUGCCAAGCAAACUGUAAAUUGAGUCUGUAGUUAUUUAUUUAUUUAUUUAUUGUUUGUUUUUCGAUGUGUUGGCCUUUCUCUUCUUUUGUACGCAUGAUAUAAACAGGGUUAACCAUGAAAGGAAAUGAUACCUGCUUGGAUCUGAUGCAAAGUUGUGCUUUAUCCUCGUAUGGCGUUCCUGGGCAUUGAGCUGUGAAGUAAAGUCUUGGUCCCAUAUUGAAGAA